AUGGCAUACGGGCAUGAGGUAUAUACCAUAUUAUGUUUUGAGAUGUCCAGGGAUUUUAAAUCGUGUCUCCUAUGGUUACUUUUAGCUCUAUUUUGUUGCUUACUGUACAAGACAUUUGACUUUGGUUACUUCCAUGGUGUUACUAGUUUACACUCCCAUCCUGAGUUAUCUCCUUUGUGCAAACGAAUGUGGAAUGCGGACAAGAAUCGUCUCUUCCCAGGGGUUGACUACAAGAUAAAUCCACAAGGAGAGAUCUCUCAAAAUUCACGUCAGGAUCGUGCUACCUAUUCACUUUUUACCUGGGUGGACCCAAGAGUGUUUGAGCGUCCAACAUUUAAAAGUUGGUGACAUAUUUAUAACACAUUUUUACACUCUUGCACUCUAGUUUAGUUAACCCAUAUGAUAAUGUUAAUAAGACCGCACUAGGAUUCAAACUGACGUUGCCCAGGGAGGUGGGGGAGGGGGGGUAUUCUACAAAGUUCUAUACGGAGAGGCUCCACCCUGAGGUCCAACCCAUUUUGACAGAAAAUGUACCCCUUUCAUAUACCUUCUGCUGACAAAUUGUGUCCCUCACAUACUCCUCCUUUUUGACGUACCUAGUAUAGUCCUUUCGCUUCGACCCCUUUUAACUGCUGUAAAUGCACUGUCUUCAAAACAUGGAAAAAUCACGAAACCAGACACACACAUAAAAUGCAUCUGUAAAAUCUGUAAGCCCUGGCCUUUUUACAGAUGAAAAUGACAACUUUCUGUACCUUUUCAUAUACUCAAACUAGUAAAGUCCUUACCCUUUGAUAUACCUGAAUCCUGAAAAAGGUACCCCUUUCAGGAAGAGCCUUAAUUAUGGUAUAGGCCAUUGUAGGGAGUAUCCCCAGGCCUCCUUGCAGGUGCUGCUCAUGGUUGAAGUGGUAUGCAUGUGUCAUAUGAGCCUGUGCUGGCCAGCUCCCAUGCUUUAGCUAUGAUUUUUAGCCUGACAGUUAAAAAACUCAGACUUACAGACCAUAUUCUUAUGCUUGGUGGAAAAAAAUUGAGCUAUUGAGUUCAUGGAUAAAAAUCUCAGGCCUUUGACUCGAAAAAUUUGGCCAUUAAAACUUGAUAUAUAUAAAUGGCGUAGCGGUCUCCUUCAAGCUGACAGUGGCUGUCAAAGCACCCAACCUGGGCUAAGUAGGUCACAGUCUCAAUUCCUAUGAGAGAUUCAGUUUGUUGAGAAAGAUCUUUUUACUUCAAUUCUUUAAUAACCAAGGUGAACAUUGGGCAUCUUCUUAUAAGCAUCUUCACAGUUCUACUAUAAUGACUUUUGUAUUUGUAUUAAAUCUUUAGAAUUCAUAGCUCUGUUGGACAACUAUGAAAGUGAAACGGGGCGAGAAGAGGUUGUCACUCAACAAGAAAAGCAUGAAAAUCAACAUUUCAUUGAUUCCAUAUAUGAAACAGAACCAAUGAAAAUUGCUCAUGAGUACUUGGCAGGCAAGGGGCUUGUAGCAGCGGGUCAAAGUCAGUUCAAAAGGCAAUUGUAUGAUAUGUGGUUUACAAUGUACAGUAGAACAGGUGAUAAAAGGUGAAUAGCUUAUUUUUUUGUUUUCUAAAAGCCUCUUACAUCACAGAGGAUUAAGGGUAAUAUAAUAAGUUAUUGACAGUUAAAUCAAGAAUCAAUUAAGCAACAUAAUUAAAUGGCAGUUGAAGGGUGACCUGAACCAGAAGUGAUUAUAACAUCCAAUUUCUCCAUGUAAUCUGUAUGUGUUAUCGACCAAGUGUUAAGGUCAAGCUGCCUGGAUAUUAGUGAGUUUACACAACAGGACAGUUGAAAGAAGAGGACGGCAAAACUCUUGUGUGUGACAAACGUGAAAGGGCUAUUACUAGCGUGUUUUGUCGUGAUCUUUUCUUAAUGCUAAUGUUUUGUGGUUUUUAACAAAAAGAUCUGUCCAAAAAGAAGUGAAGUUUGGCAAAAAAAUUAUAUCGAAUAAAAUUAUUGUCACGCUUGUCACACAAGAUUUGCUGUCUUCUUUCCUGUCCUGUCCUGUUGCGUAAGUUCCCAUUGUCAAAGUCAAGGUCCACAAAAAGCAAAACAGGAAUGAGACCAAUAUCAAACUAUCUUGACCAAUCAAGCCUAGGCAAUAAAUGUUUGAUUAUAUGGCAAGAAGAAUUUUUUUCUUGCAGGAACAAAACCCAGGGGUACUCCAGGGAGGCUCCUAAUGAAAGGGGUACCUUUUUCAGGCUUCAGGUAUGAAAGUGAAGGGAUUUCACAAGUUGAAGUAUAUGAAAGGCAAAAUGAAAUCUGUCAUUUCGGUUUGUAAAGAGUGCCUAAAGGGCUGAUAGAUGAAUUCUGUGGCUGUGAAAUGUUCUGGUUUGUGGUUUAUUCUUAUUUUUUAAACAAAUGCAUUCACAGCAGUUAAAAGGGAUACAAAGUUCUAAAUUAGAUAUGUGAAAUGGGUACCAUUUUGUUAAUAGAGGGUAUAUAAAAAGUGUACCUUUUCCGUCAAAAAUAGUAUAUAAAAGGGAGGGUAAGGGGCUGGACAUCUGGGCAAAGCCUCCCCAUAUAAAACUUUGUUUAGUAGCCCCUCCAGGGAGCAAAGCAGACAGUCCUGAAUGGACAAAAGGGCUAUCUUGCCUGCUCUGGUAAAACGAAGCACAUUAUUCACUGUAUCUUGCCAUAUGGUUACCUAUAAAGAGGGAGUACAGUCGAACCCCCACUAUAUGGCCACCUCUGUACAACGGUCACUUUUCCUGGUUGACAGUCAAUACGUUGACACUUGUUUAAACCUCUCUACACAGCCACUUUCUUCUGUCCAAGGUGGCUGUUGAGGAGGGGUUGAACUGUAUAACCAUUUCUCCCCCAAUCAUAUGCCCAAUGUUAAUGUUCAAUUCCAAAUUUCAAUAACAAUGAUGAUCAUAAUGUUAUUUUUUAAUAUUUUUUUCUAUCAUUAAAAUAAAAAUAAUAGAAAAGAAGAUACUAAAUUGUUAUAAAUAAUUAUGCUAAUAUUUGCACAAAAAAGGCACCAUCAGCCUGGGGAAUGACUGAUAGGGGAAAAAAUGUUAAUUACAUAGUAGUCUCUAGGCCCCGAGGAUGACUUUGUCAAAUUUCUGACACAUGAUUGUUUUUUUUUGUGUGUGUUAGAAUGCAAGCACAAAGGGAAUGGAUUGUGUUCUGAUUCUUAGCAAGCUGCUAAGUUUAAUUGUGGGGAUCACUCGAGGAGUCGAAGGGGGGGGGUACCUUUUAUAUAUUAUUAUGUACCCCUUUCAUAUACCUUCUUUUGUCAAAUGGUACCUCAUGCACCUACCUUAAGAACUUUGAAUCCCCUUCAACUGCUGGAAGUGCACUGUCUUUUAAAUCUAAAUAAAUCAUAAAACCAGAACAGAUUUACCUACCCCUUUAUAUACUUCAGUAACUGAAACUCCCUACCAUUUGAUAUAUUUGAAGCCUGAAAAAGGUACCCCUUUCGGGCGGAGCCUCCCCCUAUAGGCCAUUUUGACUGUAGUAACAAAUAAGAAUUCUUUUCAAUAGCUUUAAAGAUUCAUCUGGCUUUGAACAUGUAUUUGUGGGGGAGUCACAGAAAAAAAAGGCUAAUGUGGCUGGCUUCCAUAACUGGAUUCAAUUCUACUUGCAAGAGAAAAAAGGCUUGCUCGACUAUAAAGGCUUCUAUCCAAGUCGGAGAGUAAGUAUUUAAAUGUCACUACAAAACUGUACCAUUCUCUGUUCACGUCAUGAUAGCUAAUCUCUCAUUGUAGUAUAUUCAAGGAUAAGGACAUUAAAAAAAAGUCGUACCCCUAUGUGCGACCACCUCUCGUAAGCGACGACUUAUCCAAAACACCAACAUUUUCCGAGUCAAAGUCUUACAGAUUAAACUCUCGUAAACGACCUCCAUUUGUAAGCGUAUGAGAAGAACUUUUAGAAACAACAUAGUUUUACAUAUACAUGUAUUGUAACAGCUACCAGGUGCAUGCAAUACGUUCUGUCCAAAAACUAGGGGUCGGUUCGGGCUUCUCCUCGUGGAAGACUCCCUGCAGGUCGACUCUCUUUUAAAAUUAUCCCCAGACUUUAGAGAAGUUACCACCUUUAAAUGUUUCAAAAACAAAAUACGUACAUUGGAUAUAGUUACACUAAUGGAUAAUGGAUGCAAGUGUUGUCAUCUCUGCAAUUCAUAGACACAUUUGUCAUACUGUAAAUAUUGUUACUGUCAUUAAUUUUUUUAUACCUGUGCUUAUAUGUAAAUAUUUUUUACUUUAAUUUAUGUUUAUUUAUUUUGUGUCCCCUAAUUAGCAUAGGUUUUUAACCUAAGCUAGCAGGCUUCUUUAGACACCUUAAUAAAGUUUCAUCAUCAUCAUCUCGUAAGUGACCUCCUCCCAUAAGCGACCACUGCGUAUUUUGGGUCGUCGCUUACGGGACGUUCGACUAUACAGAAAAUAUGAACUUUGUGUAAAUGACGACUUUUAAAUCUCGAUGUAAAAUGUUUUUGUAAACUUGAAGCUCUCCUCCCUCAGUAAGUAGAGUCUGUCUAGUAUUUAAGUGAAUUUAAAACUGUAUCUAUAGUCUCUUUAAUCCCAGAUUGAUGGUACUUUUCAGAUCUUUUCAUGGUGAUGCCUAAAAUUUGUCCCAAAAAUGUCCAGAAAACUUUAAUUCUUAGCCAAAUGUUAAUUUUUUUAUACUCUUUCCGGACAAUUUCUCAUUACAUGGUCAUUUUGGUGAAUAGCUAAUACCACAUUUUAUUUCAUGCCUAAACUUAAUAGCAUUAGGUAAGACUUAAAAUUAGGUGUAGAAAUCUGUCAGGGGAACCCAACGACGGUUUCCUCCUAAAUACGUUGAAAACACCUUUUAGGCUUUGCAGAGUACUUUAACAUUUGCAGAGAUGCAUCUUAGCGGCGCUAUAGCAUUUGUAUCUUUUCUGUCAUCCUGGGGGAACUUGAGUCUUUUCGAAAUUGCAAGGGCUUCAGUAUUAUUUUCCCGAAAAUUUUAGAUCCAAUUUAACAUAUUACGUAGCCUGAGCUCAGGCUACAUAUUACGAAAGUGAGAGGUUUUCUCAUUCCUCUCUCCAUCACAUUUUUGAAUCCAAAAAGUUUAGGAUUCGUUUUUUGUCCGAAAAAUAUCCUAAUCUGGGAAGUGAAAUGUGAAAAAUUAAAGGUUCAGAAAAUCGUAGGGAAUUUAUUAGAUAAGCUUCGAAAUUGUACCUGAAUGGAAUGGUCAUGUAGAAAUUAUUAGCCGGCCAUUAAAAUUAUUCUUGGCAAUAUUCGCUUCUCCGAACAGAUGUUUUACAGAAAACAGUCGUUGGGUGCCCCUGAUCUGUUAGUGUUUUUUGUAAUAAUAUUGAAACAGUAACAGUGUCUCGUUUUUUCCUGACAGGAAAAGCACAUAACUAGUGAAGAUUGAAGCAUGAAUAAGCCCCUUACUGUGCGGUUCAAUUGGAAAGGUGAUUUAAAACGGAUUGGCGGCAGCUUCAUUGGCACUAGCCCUGAAUUUGAAAUGGCGCUGUGUACAGUUUGUUUCCUGGCUCGGGAAGGAGAUGGGCGUCUUGACCGUAUUGAGCUUGAUGACUACGAUGUUAUUGUCAAAGCUCAUCGCUUUGGAGCAAACUUACUGAGUACCUGCUAUCCGAUUAAUAAAUGAAACAAGUCAGCAAAUGAACGAACUCCUCCUCCUAGCGGGAGCGGCGAACACGAUCUAGCCUGCGAGCAAGCUCUUCUAUUUGGGCGAGUGAAGCGAGUCUCGCGAGAACACGCGAGCGAGCGGCGAACCCUCGAAGCCCCUAGCUCGCGCGUUCUCGCGAGCUUGCUCGGGGGCCAACACGAUCGAGCUACAUUGGACUGGCUAGCCUGCUAGCAAGUCCACUGGGACGCUCUGGUGGCGGCGCGAAAAGCGAGGCUCCCUUGCCGUCUUUCCUCCCCCACCCCUGUACACCAGGGAGAGCCUGCUCGCAGGCUAUGGACCGGCAGAAAUCUCAAUAGGAUACCUUGAUGUUCUUAGCAAACAUGUUCCAGUUCUUGUAAAGUUCUGACUCGAUCUUAUGAUUGUUAAAUGCAACUACUAUAUAACAGGAAAAUUAAGGUAUAACCAAGGCGAAUUAAAUUAAAGAAACGCAAAGGAGGGGAUAAAAUUUCAAAAUAAACAAACUUAACGCGA